AUGUCGACCACAUCGCCACAAAAGCGCCGAGCCACCACGAUGCGCAGCGCCAUGCUCAACCAGCCCAUGCGCCAGACGCGAUCCAUGGCAAGAAUCUCAGACCAUACGCCUAUUGAGGAGCUUUCUUCAACUUCGAAAAUGGUAGACCAACGCCACACCGCCUCUUCGUCCACAUCACAAACACAUCAUCCUUCACCUCGCAAGGCACGCGCAAGCCAAGCUGCGCAAUUCGAGACUUUCGACCCUGAUACACCGGAUACCAGUCUAGCUGCCUGUAUGGAUAGUCCAGUAAAGGGACAUUUCGACGACUUUGUCUUCGAGCUGGAGACCAACAAUACAGAGCUCCCCACUCGUCGCAGGAGAAUUGCACCUCCACGUCAGUCGUCUACUUCGCCUUCUGCUGAUGUGGGACUGCCCCGAUCGAAGACGUCGGUCAACCUGCAUCCAAAUAACACGACUUCCAGCAACACUCUCCUGACCAGUCGCAAAGAAAAUUCGCCCACAGCUCUCGCCGAACAGAUCCGACCUGGCGCCAGUCCAGUCAAGCCGCUUGCGACUCUUCCGCCCGUAUCUAGGUUGCAUGCUACGACGCCUGCGCUUCGCUCCUCUUCGCAGUCCGACGCCAACAAGGCCGCAAGCACGACAAAAGCUCCUUUGUCAACUUCGGUCGUUUCAUCCGUUACCGAUGUCAUACCGGUCAGCAGCAGCCGCGACUCGGGCCGCCGACUCGUCUUUGCCACCUCGGAAGUCAAGCGCGAUGCUUCCGCCAAGCGUAAUCCCUUCAUCGACGACGACGACGCCAACAGCCUCGCGAUGCUGGGCGAACCAAGACAUUCACCCGUCAAGCGUUUCCAAGCCAAGCCCGAGUAUGUCAUCUCUUCACCCGAUCGACCAGAUCGAAAGCCCAUCAACCUUCUCGAACUCAAGCCAUCGCCAGGCAAGGCUCAGCGAGGCAUUUUCCGCCACUAUUCUGCCGACAAUGAUGACGACGAUGACGACUGGGAUCAAUCGGGCUCAAACACGGUAGACGAGAUCAGGCUGAUCAAGGGUCCUGCGUCGAAGCGAGACGACGAUGUGGCGAACAAGCAACCAUUGCCGCCUGCGUCCGGAUCAGCUACUUCUGAAUCCUCCUCUUCGAGUGCCAACAAGCAAAUCAUCUCUCGCUCUACCACGCCGCUGGAUGUCAAGCAUACAUUGUCGACCGAAACGUCGGAUGCGCUCGCCAGUCUCGAGGCCUCAUUGGCAAGACUCAAAGCAAAGACUCGAAGCCCUCCAAGUUCGGCUAACGCCACCACUCUGAAGAAGCACGAGAGCAGCGCCACUGCAAAUGCAAAUGCAAGUGCAAGUGCAAGUGCAAGUGCAAGUGCAAGUGCAAGUGCAAGUGCAAGUGCAAGUGCAAGUGCAAGUGCAAGUGCAAGUGCAAGUGCAAGUGCAAGUGCAAGUGCAGGCUCGAAGCGAGAAGUUGGUACCAGUCGUCCUAUUGGCAUGACCUCUCACCGUACCCUGACCUUCCGCACCAAGGGCACAACGAGCGGUAGCGAUUCGUCUUUCAGUGCACGAUCCAACACGGCAGACCAAAGCAGCGAUAGCGGCGUGUUUAAGCGCCCCUCUGGUCGCAUCUCUGCGCUCGCCAAGUCUCGAGAGACGAGUUCGGAUGCUCGAUCGUUGAACAACCCUUCGCUUGCAAGCUCGAAAUCGAUCAUGUCGUUCGGUGCGCCACGAUUGCCGGGCUACAGUGAACUCGCUGGACGAUCGUUGUCCAGGCCACCGGUAUCGGGUUCGCGCACCUCGAGCCUCGAAAUCGCUUGCAACAGUUCGAGAGCCGACGAGGAAGCUGCUCAGGAGGAGGAGAAGGCUCGGAUAGCCAAAGCAAACACGCAAGCCGAGCUCAAGGCGGCCAAACGCCAAUCAAUGUCAUCACUAUCGAGCGGCAUGCCACCGCCGGCGGCGAUGCAAAGGAGAGAUUCUGAAACUGCAAAAUUGUGCGCGGCCGACUGCACAGGCGCAGGCAAGCGUCCUCCGAGCCGUUGGUCGUCGUCAUUGUCGUCGUCAACUUGUCCUUCAGCAUCGGCACAAGUGGAGCCCACCCAAGCGCCGACAGAAGCCCAACUUGCCGAAAUCAGGAAAGCGGCCAAAGCAGCGCGUCGACGUUCUCUCUACACGUUUGUACCCACCCGACGUGAAGAUGGGGACGGCGAUCGCUCCGUCGGUAACGUCUCGACGAAUCUCGGCGUUAGCGGCUAUGCAGCCGACAGUGCAUGCGAGGCGGAUGCUUGCGCCUCGGCUUCUAAGAAACAGCGCUUUCUUCGAGGACUCACUGUGCUCGUCGAUGUACGCGACCAAGACGGUGAAGACGCUUCGGCGUGUUGGAUCGACAUGCUCAAAAACGCGGGUGCCAAGGUCAUGGUUCGGUUCGGCGAACGUAAACUCACGCACAUUGUGUACAAGAGUGGCAAACCCAGCACGUUGCAUUCGUACCGUGGGCUAGACGAACCUAAGCCUUAUGUAGUGGGCAUCGGAUGGGUAGUGGCGUGCUUGGAACAGGCGAACAAGGCGGAUGAAGCGCCGUACUUGGUCGAAGUUGCCAAACAGGCGAUUUUUGCUACGCGACGACGCUCGUUGAUGGCGCCCAAACAAGCCCCGCCUUCCGCCAAUAUUGCGAUUCGGGAUCGUGAGUAA